AUGGCCUGGGCUCGCUGGGGUAGCCACCCCUGGCUUGUCCUCCUCUGUGCUUAUGCCUGGGGCCACCCAAAGUCACUGGACCAGAGAGAAGAUGUGAGAAACUGUUCCAUCAGCCCUCCGUACCUUCCAGUUACUGCGGUCAAUACCACAGCGCAGCUCGCAGCCCUCCGCCAGCAGAUGUACAUCCAUAAUCUCUCUGCCUACAUCAUCCCCGACACGGAUGCCCAUAUGAGCGAGUACAUUGGUGAAUAUGACCAGAGGCGUGCAUGGAUUACAGGCUUUACAGGGUCUGCAGGAGUCGCGGUGGUGACCAUGGGGAAAGCCUCUCUCUGGACCGAUAGCCGCUACUGGACCCAGGCUGAGCGGCAGAUGGACUGCAACUGGGAGCUUCAUAAGGAAGUUGGCACCACUCCCAUCGUCACCUGGCUCCUCACUGAGAUUCCUGUUGGAGCACGUGUGGGCGUCGACCCCUUCCUCUUCUCCAUCAACUCCUGGGAGAGUUAUGCCAAGGCCCUACAAGUCUCUGACAGAGAGCUGCUGUCCGUCCCCGUCAACCUUGUGGACCUGGUGUGGGGGUCAGAGAGGCCUCCAGUGCCAAGUGAGCCCAUUUAUGCCCUGCAGGAGGCUUUCACAGGGAGCACCUGGCAGGAGAAAGUAGGUGGCAUCCGCAGCCAGAUGCAGAAGCAUCUUGAGGCCCCAACUGCUGUCCUUCUAUCUGCACUGGAUGAGACAGCCUGGCUCUUCAACCUGCGUGGCAGUGACAUCCCUUAUAAUCCCUUCUUCUAUUCCUACACAUUGCUCACCGACUCCUCCAUCAGGUUAUUUGCAAACAAGAGUCGCUUUAGCUCUGAGACCUUGCAGUACCUGAACUCUGGCUGCACCGGUUCCCUGUGUGUGCAAGUCGAAGACUACAGCCAAGUCUCUGGCAGUGUCCAGGCUUACGCCUCAGGAGACGUGAAGAUCUGGAUCGGGACCAGCUAUACUUCAUAUGGGCUCUAUGAAUUGAUACCCAAGGAGAAGCUCCUAGAAGACACCUACUCCCCAGUGAUGGUAACCAAGGCGGUGAAAAACAGCAAGGAGCAAACCCUCCUCAGGGCCAGUCACGUGCGGGAUGCUGUGGCUGUGAUCCGCUACUUGGUCUGGCUGGAGAAGAAUGUGCCUCAAGGCACCGUGGAUGAGUUCUCUGGGGCAGAACAACUGGAGAAGUUCCGAGGAGAGGAGGAGUUCUUCUCUGGAUCCAGUUUUGAAACCAUCUCUGCAAGUGGCCUGAAUGCUGCCCUGGCCCACUACAGCCCCACCAAAGAGCUGCACCGCAAGCUGUCCUCAGACGAGAUAUAUCUGCUGGAUUCUGGGGGACAAUAUUGGGAUGGGACAACAGACGUCACCAGGACAGUCCACUGGGGCACCCCCUCAGCUUUCCAAAAGGAGGCAUACACCCGCGUGUUGAUAGGAAAUAUUGACCUGUCCAGACUUGUCUUCCCAGCUGCUACUUCAGGACGAAUGGUGGAGGCCUUUGCCCGCAAAGCCUUGUGGGAUGUUGGGCUCAAUUAUGGUCACGGGACAGGCCACGGCAUUGGCAACUUCCUAUGUGUGCACGAGUGGCCAGUGGGAUUCCAGUCCAGCAACAUUGCCAUGGCCAAGGGCAUGUUCACUUCCAUUGAACCUGGCUACUAUCUGGAUGGAGAAUUUGGGAUCCGUCUGGAAGAUGUGGCCCUUGUGGUAGAAGCAAAGACCAAGUACCCAGGGACCUACCUGACCUUUGAAGUGGUGUCCUUGGUGCCCUACGAUCGGAACCUCAUUGAUGUUAGCCUGCUGUCCUCUGAGCAGCUCCAGUACCUGAACCGCUACUACCAAAUCAUCCGUGAGAAGGUGGGCCCGGAGCUGCAGCGCCGCCAGCUUCAGGAGGAGUUCUCCUGGCUACAGCGGCACACAGAGCCCCUGACUGCCAGGGCGGCACCCACCGCCUCCUUGGCCCCUCUGGUGACAGUCUCUGCUCUCGCUAUCCUAGGCUGGAGUGUCUAG